CCCCUUUCUAUCCCCCCAUUCCAAAGGGGGAAGAAGAAGAAGAAGAAAAUACAUCAGGCGGAUCUCUCAAAGAGAAGAAAGGUUUUCUUCCUCCAGGAAUAUUUGCUGUGAGGCUGUAACUGGUGAUUGAGAAAAGCAAUGUUUUCUAUUAAGAUGCACAUGUUUGCAAUGCAGAAGGCAUUUCAGAAACUUAUCAGUUAUGACUGAAAAAAUGUUGUGCUUACAUAUAUCCACAAUUAGCCUCCCGGACUCCUUCUGAAGAGAAACAAGAGAUUCAGGGCAGUUAUAAAAGCGAAGAAAAGGUCUCGAGCAACAAAGACCCGAGAGGAAUGGGUGUGUGUGAGAGAGUGCGUGUCUGCGUGUGUCUGUGAAUGUUUAAGCGGGAUUCGCACGAAAGUGGAAUUUUCCACGGAAAGAUCGUUUCGUCAGUUCUCUCCCACUUCCAGACAGAGAAUCUAGGCAGAGGCUUGAGCGGUAGGCAAAUUGGUUCGGAUGUUUUAAUUUUAUAUCCUCUGCUAUCCUCUCCAAAUUUAAGGACUUUGAAAGAUACUUUUAAUAGACCGAAUGGUCCCCCAGUCCCUCCUCCUUAAAUCUGCGGUAACUGCAUAGCUUAGUUUUUCUUGAAAGAAAGAAAGAACCCUCGCUGCGGUCAUAGCGUAAAAAAGGAGAGCGGAAAGGGUCCUAGAAAUACUCUAGGGAUGUUUCGGAGGUCUGAGUCUCGCACCGGUGGAUUAGGAAGCCAGGAGAUUUAUAAUCGUGGAUUCUACAUUACUUUAGGGCUUGGACUCUUAAUUGGGGCGCACCUUCUGCCCGGUUAUUACUGUUCAGCAGUUAGGCAACCACGAUCCCUUCACAACAGGGAGAGAGUUGCAUUGUAAAAAUAAAUAAAUAAAUUGUCUACAAUGUCGAAUACAAAUGUCGAGUUUUAAAAAAUUCCCUUCAAAUUGGAGCUCAGCUGUGGGCUCCCUCGAAGAGCUCCGAGCGCUCUCAGUCUCACUUCUCUGCCCUGAGGCCGCGUCCGCCGUGCGUCUUUCCUCCAAGCGCCUGGUGACCCUGGCCCGGGGACUUUCGCCCGCCUUUCUGCGCUUCGGGGGCAAAAGGACCGACUUCCUGCAGUUCCAGAACCUGAGGAACCCGGCAAAAAGCCGUGGGGGUCCCGGCCCGGAUUACUAUCUCAAAAACUAUGAGGAUGACAUUGUUCGAAGUGAUGUUGCCUUGGAUAAACAGAAAGGCUGCAAGAUUGCCCAGCACCCUGAUGUUAUGCUGGAGCUCCAACGGGAGAAGGCAGCUCAGAUGCAUCUGGUUCUUCUAAAGGAGCAAUUCUCCAAUACUUACAGUAAUCUUAUAUUAACAGCCAGGUCUCUAGACAAACUGUAUAACUUUGCUGAUUGCUCUGGACUCCAUCUGAUAUUCGCUCUAAAUGCUCUGCGUCGCAAUCCCAAUAACUCCUGGAACAGCUCUAGUGCCCUGAGUCUGUUGAAGUACAGUGCCAGCAAAAAGUACAACAUUUCUUGGGAACUGGGUAAUGAACCAAAUAACUAUCGGACCAUGCAUGGCCGGGCAGUAAAUGGCAGCCAGUUGGGAAAGGAUUACAUCCAGCUGAAGAGCCUGUUGCAACCCAUCCGGAUUUACUCCAGAGCCAGCUUGUAUGGCCCUAAUAUUGGGCGGCCCAGGAAAAACGUCAUCGCCCUUCUAGAUGGAUUCAUGAAGGUGGCAGGAAGCACAGUGGAUGCAGUUACCUGGCAACAUUGCUACAUUGAUGGCCGGGUGGUCAAGGUGAUGGACUUCCUGAAAACUCGCCUGUUAGACACACUCUCUGACCAGAUUAGGAAAAUUCAGAAAGUGGUUAACACAUACACCCCAGGAAAGAAGAUUUGGCUUGAAGGUGUGGUGACCACCUCAGCUGGAGGCACAAACAAUCUCUCAGAUUCCUAUGCUGCAGGAUUCUUAUGGUUGAACACUUUAGGAAUGCUGGCCAAUCAGGGCAUUGAUGUUGUGAUUCGGCACUCAUUUUUUGACCACGGAUACAAUCACCUUGUGGACCAGAAUUUUAACCCAUUACCAGACUACUGGCUCUCUCUCCUUUACAAGCGCCUGAUCGGCCCCAAAGUCCUGGCCGUGCAUGUGGCUGGGCUCCAGCGGAAGCCCCGGCCGGGCCGAGUGAUCCGGGACAAACUAAGGAUUUAUGCUCACUGCACUAACCACCACAACCACAACUACGUUCGAGGGUCCAUUACACUUUUUAUCAUCAACUUGCACCGAUCAAGAAAGAAAAUCAAACUGGCUGGGACUCUCAGGGACAAGCUCGUGCACCAGUAUCUGCUGCAGCCCUAUGGACAGGAGGGCCUGAAGUCCAAGUCAGUGCAGCUGAACGGCCAGCCCCUAGUGAUGGUGGACGAUGGGACCCUCCCAGAACUGAAGCCCCGCCCCCUGCGGGCCGGCCGGACAUUGGUCAUCCCUCCGGUCACCAUGGGCUUUUAUGUGGUCAAGAACGUCAACGCUUUGGCCUGCCGCUACCGAUAAAUCCCCUUACACUCACGAGUCGCCAGCAGGCCUGCCAGACGACUUUCCACUCUUCCGCCCUAAUGGUAUCAGUAUUUUUUCAGGCAUCUUCUGAGCAACCAACCAGUCUCUGCCAGCCCAUCAUGCUGGAAUCAACACUGACAUGCUCUCCAAAGAGACAAAUACCCUAGCAUGAGCUUAGCCUAAUAGGUCACUCCCACCCCAAGGGAAGAGGUGGACAUCCCCGGUACCUGUGUUAGCACGAAAGCAUGUGUGUGAAGCUGUCUGCAGCCUUGUCCACGCACCAUGAGAACGAGCUGACGGUGCAUGCCCAGGACAGAUACAACCACUCCCCACAGUCCUGCUCACGUAGCGGAGUAAUACAGACCUUGGCCUGUGGCUGCUGCCCUCGGCAGAAGAUGAGGAAGAAAAAAACCCUGUGGGCCUCUGAGCGCCCAGCCCCACCUAACCCCUUUCCUUUGUCUGUCCCUGCUGUUGCCUUGGGUUUCAUAUCGCCUCUCCUCCCAUAGGGGAGCAAGUGGGUGACUCAGUGCUGGCCUGCUGGGCAAGCUGUUUAUGUAAUUUCCUGGCUGAUGUAUGAGUGUGUGCAUCUGGGUUUCUGACAGUGGCAUCAAUCACUAGCUAUUCCUCUGGGAAGCGGGUGCUUCUAAAGUAAAAUUGCAAUCAUACUCCAGAUUUUGUAAGAAGGUUCUAUUCCUUUGUGAAUCCAGAUUCCCCCAGGGUUGGGACGGGAGUCAGGUAACAGUAUUCAUUGAGUGGAGAGCAAUGUAUUAGGCACCAUAGAAAGCAAUCAUCAUCUGUCAUGUGGCUGCAAGGGAGAGUUUUAGAGAAAGCACACCCAACCACCAAACACAGACACACAGAUGCAGACACACACACACACACACACACACACCCCAACUGAACCAAGAAAAUAGACCUAUCUCAACUUUGAGAGAAUAUUAAGGGCUUGAUAGGGUAAGCCCUUAAUGGUUUGGUUGACCAAAACCAUCUUUAAAAAAGGUACAAAUCAAAGGUCAUCAGAGCUGUAAGACACAACUGAAUCUAACAACUUUCUGCUGCUUCCCAAGUAGCUGAGUGCUCUCAAUAGCUUAUAUUAGGUAGAAGACUAAUGUGCUCAUAAAAGAUGACCAGGUCCAUGCUCUCCCAGACCAGCUUAUUUGAGCACAGAAAAAUACUUUCAGUUCACCACUUUGGGGAAGGGAGAUCUGGACGCUGAGGUCUCGUGGGGAAACUGUGGAAAAACAGGAGUUGGAAGACCCUCUGGGUUGGGCAGUGGGGAGUGGAGUGGUUUAAAUUUCACAAUGAAGACCUUCUGUAUGAUUCAAGAAGUUUGUGUGGGUCUUUGCAAACAAGUUACAACUGAAAUGACUUUCUUUUCUGUGGAUGUGAUUUUCUUUUGCAGGAUAAAUGACACAAAGGAUUUUUUUUUAAGGAUGAGGUAUUAGACAAUGUCAUAGGAUUCCAAUAGAGAGAGACACAACUUCUGCUGAUGUGGAAGGAUAGAAAUUAAGGAGGGGCAAGGUGGCUGAGGCCAGAGGCCACAGAGACUGCCUGAAGAAGAGUUAAGGAGUAGGGCCAAGCCUUCAGAGUGAAUGAUAAGGAAGAUUAGACAAGAAAGGAGGGAGCAGACUCUCAGCGUGGAGAGCUGGAAAUUGGGAGAAGGAGUGGAGUCAGUUUCAACAAGCUUAUUAUUAGGUAAGGAGCAACAGCACCCGGAGGUGUGAAGUGGGAAAGGGGAGACCGAGGGCCAGGCUGAACCCGGUCAGUUGUGGCUCAGUGCAGCCCACUGAGGCUUCAGAUGUGGGAGCAGGAGAGAGAGAAGUGCCAACACUGGGGGUAGAAAGGCAGGGAAGAAGCAGCCAAGAAAAGCGAAGAAGAAAAAGGAAAAGAGGAGUAAGAGACAAAGAGGUUGUUUCCCCCAAUUUAAAAGACUCGGUGCAAAUAUCAAAGUCUUUUCUGUAAUACAUACUUGCGCAGGUGCAGCUGCAAGCCCUCAUGAUAACAGCAGAGACCAGAGGUCCCUGCGGGCCAGCCCUGAGCUCGUUUGCUUUCCUAACAUAGCAGCCCUUCAGGGAGAUACUAUUCAUAUCUCCAUUUUUCCUGUGAGGCCUGGAGUGGGCCUGUAGCUGCCCAGGGUCACCCAGGGAAUGGGUUGCUGAGCUCAGAACAGUCCAGAGCCUGUUCAUUUAAGCACCCAGCUCAGUGGCUGCCUGAUUCACAGACUUACCUCUUUCCUUUUUCAUAGGUUCCACUAAAUCAGUACAGCCAGGACCUCUGAAGCUCCACUCAGACACACUUUCUGUAAAUAAGUGUUGACUUUUCACUAAGACUCUAAAUGUUGCAGGAUAUAGGCAGUCUCUGCUUCUUUUGUCUUUAUAUAUUAAAUAUUGCU